AUGGAGGAUCAGUCUGCCAGUGAACCAGUCAGCUUUGUCCUGGCGGACUACGCUGUCUUUGCCACCAUGUUGCUCAUCUCUAUGGCCAUAGGUCUCUUUCAGGCCUUGAGGAAGAGGUCAAGGAGUGCUGAUGAGUUCUUCACCGGUGGUCGGAGUAUGCCAGCCGUGCCUGUGGGGCUGUCACUCUGCGCCAGUUUUAUGUCAGCAGUCCAGGUUCUGGGUGUCCCUGCCGAGGCGUCCCGCUAUGGCUUCAAGUUCCUCUACAUGUGCCUCGGACAAAGUAUCAACUCCCUGCUGACGGCGUACCUCUUCCUGCCCAUUUUCUUUCGACUGGGCAUCACCAGCACCAAUCAGUAUCUGAAGAUGAGAUUUGGCAGAGGGAUGCAGCUGUUCGGAAGCAUCCAGUUUCUUAUUGCAACGCUGCUUUACACUGGGAUCGUCAUCUAUGCCCCCGCCUUAAUCCUCAACCAAGCUACUGGACUCAAUAUGUGGGCAUCUCUCUUUUCUACUGGGAUCAUUUGCACCCUGUACACCACAAUGGGUGGGAUUAAAGCUGUGAUCUGGACUGACGUCUUCCAGAUCAUUGUCAUGUUGUCCGGCUUUGUGGCCAUUUUCAUCUAUGGCACAGUUCUAGUUGGUGGUCCUGCCAUGGUGCUGGAGAUCGCCAGGAAUGGAUCACGCAUUAAUUUCAAUGAUUUUGGUGUUGACCCGCGGCAGCGCUAUUCCUUCUGGAGCCUCUCUGUUGGUGGUGCAAUGGUUUGGCUGUCCAUGUACGGAGUGAACCAAGCUCAAGUGCAGCGUUAUGUCUCCUGCAGGACAGAGAGAGACGCCCAGUGGGCGCUGUUUGUGAACCAGGUGGGUCUGUUCCUCGUUGUGAGCAGUGCAGCGACCUGCGGCAUCGUAAUGUUUGCAUAUUACAUCCACUGCGAUCCGCUGAAGUCUGGGAAAAUAUCUUCCCCUGAUCUGUACAUGCCGUACUUUGUAUUGGACAUAUUCAGAAGUCAUCAAGGCUUCCCGGGUCUGUUCCUUGCCAGUGCAUACAGUGGCACUCUGAGCACGGUCUCCACCAGUAUCAACGCCAUGGCAGCAGUGACGAUGGAGGAUCUGCUGCAACCUCAUCUGGUCAACAUCAGCCAGAAGAAACAAAUUCUUAUUUCUAAAGGACUGUCCUUCUUGUAUGGAUUUGGUUGUAUGACCGUGGCGGCUCUCUCCUCCCUCUUGGACUGGGGAGUUCUGCAGGGAUCUUUCACCAUCAUGGGUGUGGUCAGCGGGCCAUUACUAGGUGUAUUCAUUUUGGGGAUGUUUGUUCCGGCAGCAAACCGGCUGGGGGCAUUCUCAGGAAUGAUAUCGGGCUUUUGCAUCUCUCUGUGGUUGGCUGUUGGUUCAUCUCUCUAUCCUCCCAGUGAAGAGAUGAUGGGUGUCUUGCCAAGCUACGCGGGCGAGUGCCAACGUGGCAACAUCACCCUGAACAGCAGCCCCAACCAGGAACAGCUCUCCAUCUCCACACUGCUACAGCCGGAUAAUCAGGGGGCCCUGCUUAACUUCUACUCCAUCUCCUACCUCUACUUUGGUGCUAUGGCGACAGGUUCGGUUGUACUAGUCGGGCUGAUAGUGAGUUAUGCGACAGGGCAGACAGAGAGGAGUCAUAUUAAAGAGGGUUCAUUGUGGUGGGACCUGAAAAAAAAACAAGUGGAGGUUCAUUCAGAGCACAGAACUGAAAUAUUGUCCAGAGUGUUUCCCUGUCUUCUGCACCAUGCAUCUGUGGAAAUGCUGGCGACGCCUGUGAGCCUGAACAGAGCUAACAGGGACAUUCAUUCAGGAAUGCUCCAUAUCUGUAUCACAGCACACCGCUACUUCAGCCAGGGUUACUGGAUAUGUGACAGUCUGAGGUAA